AUGAUACCACUAAUAUAUGGCAAUAAGUUCGAUGAAGGAAUUUAUUAAGGACUAUGUUAAUUAUAAAAUGAGAACUUUUAUUGCUGGAAUCAAAUUCCGUACACAUUCAUAAUUCCCUUUAAUUAUCCUUUUGAAACCAUUCCUUAAGUUUUUAUUACCUUAGAUCUCAUCGGUGUUUUUGUGAAAACUGACUUUAGAAUAUAAAUCUAAGAUGUUACUAUUUCAAGUAAAUUAUAAGAUUGAUAUAUAAAAGAUUUUAGCUUAUUGGUAGUUUGUUUAACUGGUAGGGCACAUUGUAUUAGAAUAAAAUGGUAUGCAAUUGAUGAUUAAAGAUUUUAAAUAAUCAAUGCUUUUAACACAAUAAAUUUAACUGAAAUAACCUAUCAACAUAAGAAUAAAAACGUGAAUACAGGUUUCAUCACUUUAAUAAGCCAUAAUUUUGAUGAAAUCAAUUUUAAACUCAAAGUAUUUCUUUAUUGUAAAUGUGAGAUCAUUGAGAUUACAAGUGAAAAUGUUACUGUUUCUUUGACAAAAGUGCCGGAAGAUUUUAAACAGUAGGUUUAAGUUGGAUUUCAAAUUAUUUUAGGACCAAAAGAAGCUUUUUAAAAUUUUCUUACUAUCGAUUCUAUAAAAGACUAUUCAAACAAUAUUGAAGAGAUAUAAAAUGCAUGGUUUAUAACACCAUUUACUGGAAUGGGAUAUCCUUAUACGGAUGCUGUCAGAUUGGAGAAAAAAUAAUAGUCUUAAGGGAAUUCAUCAUAUUAAUAUAUUUUGUCCACUUGUAAAAUAUUGUCCAAAAUUUAGGGGACAUUUUUUUUCCUCCUUGUUCUCAUUCUCAUGGAUUUCUCUUUCACAAUUUAACUACAAAGUUCUACUCCUUAAAUUUG